AUAGACAGGCCAGAACAAAGUAGUCGACAAGGUUAUCAGCAUUCAUAGAACCGAGUUAGUGCGCGGUGUAGAAUGGUAGUUGGGCAUGCUUAUUUGCUUCUGCUUUGCUUAAGUAUUUGGCUGGUCUGCUAGAGCCGUUUAAAGGGAGGUGGAACAGGCUGUGUUUUCAGGCAGACUGGCUGAAACUGCUGUAUCAGUAGCUGCCUCAGCGUUCGUUCCAGUCCGUACUCCUGCCGAAAUUCAUUCUGAUUUUGUACAUGCUGGUGGCGUGCUGUUUCACACCAUUUGCAUUUUGGAUAGUUUAUUAUACUUCUCUAGAGCCAGAGGUGUGCACUGUUGGAGUACUGGAUUAUUUGCAGUUUAUUUGUAUUCUUGGAUUCAUCAAAAUGUCUUGAUCUACGCCAACUCAACCAGGAUCUGUUAGCUUUUUUUUUAAAUUUUGGACACUGCAAUUUGUGUGUGCUGGGUGGGCUGUCGACUGGAAAGUGGAAAGCAUUUCAGUUCCAUUCUGCCGAGACGGAUUAAUUAUUGUGAUUAUUAAUCAACGCGCCAAUGCACAAUAUGACGGAAUACAAGCUCGUUGUUGUCGGUGCCGGAGGUGUUGGCAAAAGUGCCUUGACGAUACAACUAAUUCAAAACCAUUUCGUGGAAGAAUACGAUCCGACCAUAGAGGAUUCUUAUCGCAAGCAAGUGGUGAUCGAGGGAGAAACAUGCUUGCUGGAUAUCCUGGACACAGCUGGCCAAGAGGAAUACAGUGCGAUGCGCGACCAGUAUAUGCGAACCGGCGAAGGCUUCCUGCUUGUGUUCGCCCUCAACGGCCCCAAAUCAUUCGAGGACAUCGAAACGUACCGAGAGCAGAUUAAACGAGUGAAAGAUUCUGACAACGUACCCAUGGUUUUGGUCGGGAAUAAAAGCGACCUGCCGGCAAGGAAUGUGGAAUCUAAACAAGCCAGCGAUUUAGCCCGCAGUUACGGGAUCCCCUAUAUUGAAACAUCGGCCAAAACGAGAUCGGGUGUUGACGAUGCCUUCUACACUCUAGUGAAAGAGAUACGAAACGCGCGGGAGCGGGAUAUCAAGCAUAAAAACGGCAAAAAGGCAUCCAAGCCACAGAAGCCUGAUGGGGGCACUGGGUGCUGCUCAAUUGUUUGAAUAAUUACUUUGGAUGUCUUCCUUUAUCUGACUUUGGAUCGGCCUUUGGCGGCUUUUGGUCUGGAUUUCCUUGGAAUUUUGUGUUUUUAUCCUUUAUGCACGGGCUUGAAGUGCUCUUCCUGGUAUUUUAAACCGUUUCCUUUUUCCUAUGAUAUGUAAUGUGGACACAAUGCGGAAUACAUCAACCGGCGGAGUGAUUUCGUAAUGCAGUGUCCACACUUUGCACAGGGUCGCUUCAGUGAAUGCUUGACGACGUUUGCAAAUUUUAUCGAUGUUUUGGUACAUAUACCGAAGUCACUGGUGUUCCAACCCGUUAAUUGUGUGUGUCAAAUUUUCAUUGCGUCCAAUUUUUUUACAUAUUUUUUGUUUUGUAUUUUUUUACUGCAUGCUUGCUGUGUAAUGCAUUAUAAAACUGCAAAAUAACUGCCUACCAUCAGAUACAUUUUGUACCUGUUUUAACUUUUGCAUGUCGCAGAAUAUAAUAUUAAAAACGGCUUACGGCGGGAA